AUGUGUGCUGUGUCGCUAAAGGCUUUGGAGAGGAUGUUGACAGACAUUGCGUGCAAGACUAACAUUGUAUUCAACGCUAACGACCAGGUCCAACACUCGAUUAGCUGCGCCUGCAUAACGUAGGUAAACAAGAACGCCCCAACAUAAACACGGCCCAGCGAAAAAAAUAACAAAAGACAGAGAGUUAAACCGAAAAACGCGCAGACAGAUAAGGCCAGAUAGCACGCAUAGCGCGUAUUUUGUCGUGUGCAAUUCCAAACAUCAGGCUUAGCCUGCAACGUCCGCUAGUAGCUGUGCAGCGUUAGUACGCAAGAGGUGAUAUGGACUGGCAACGCCGGGAACGAGAUGACAAGGGGGGCACACGAUUCGAACUAUCUGUGUCCCGGCCGUUGAUUUGUUACUAGGGACUACAUGUUGUACGCUACGACAUUUUCUCUUUGGUAGGCCGACGGGUCUUUGCUCCAGCACCAGAGAUGUCUUUGAUCCUCUUUUCCCCCCGGCUCUUGUCCCUCCACCCUUCCGGGUUACCGACUGGUUGAACAGACCCGCUGUCGGCAGGCACACCGUUGUCAUCGUGUCGGUCCUGCUUUGAUCCUCCCGACUUGGAUUUCUUAGGCCUCCCUUUCGCUUUUACCUGCGCUGGAUUCCCGCUCUUGUUCUCGCCGGUAGCUUCGACAAGCUGGAACCUCACCCACUUGUCCAGUUCAGCCUGUAUCUCCAAGGCUUUGGCGUGUGGAACCGUCCUCAUUAUUCGAUGGCAUUUUCCUUGUUCUUGGCCAUCAGAGUCGCGAGCACGCGGCAAUGGUCACUCGCCGAUCGUUCCGCGGCUGCUUUUGCCGCACGUUCUGCGGGGUGCACGCCGCCCUCCCCGCCGUCGUCGUCGUACUUCGGCCCGCAGAAGUUGUCUUCUUGGCCGUGGUCACAUCCAUUCUAGCCGUCGCCGUGCCCUGCCCCUUCCAACACUCUGGAGACGGUCCAGGGCGCGUCGCUGCCGUCUGGUGAUUGCCGCCAGCGCGUAUGCACGCUGUUGCCGUCGAACUCGUGGUUAAGCAUGACUCCCCCGUACUUGCCGCCGAUGAAGCGAACUAGCACGGCAAAGUAGUGCCUGCAUGGCAGGCCGUGGCGCAAAAGCUUCACACAAGAGCACAAGUAGAAGCCACCCGGGCCGAAUACCACAACAUGGCCCGGCCGUGAAGGCGUGAGCUUCUACCGCACGGCGGCGGCAAGAUGGACGGGAACUCGGCUGACGAGGUCCAACAGCGCCUCCAAAGACGUACGCGCCCAAACGCUGUUGUCUUCGGUCGAUUCAGCCUCAGGGUCAAGCUUGCAGUCGAUUUCCAGGUCAGUGUCGGGCGGCGCUUCCUCGCCAAGGUUGAAGUCGAAGUGUGCGGCCUCAAGCUGUUGACGCAGGACACCACCCUCCAGAGGCACGGGGUGGCCUUCGUCGUCCGCCGCUCCUACGCAGAUGACUUCUACGUCGUACGACUGGGAAACUCCG